CAUAUUUAGUGUGCAACGUCUAUUAGGUAAUUCGUGAAAUUGAAUUAAUGAAAGGAAUAGAAAUUGUCAACAACGAAUUACAUACUAUUGUUAAAAAUGGUUAAAUUUUAUAAACUUGAUAUAAAUCGAACAGAGUGGGAAAUACCUGAAAUAUAUCAACAGCUUCAAGCAGUCGGUUCUGGCGCAUAUGGACAAGUAUGUAAAGCAAUUGUACGUAACACAGGCAUGAAGGUGGCCAUAAAGAAGUUAGCACGUCCAUUUCAGUCGGCUGUUCAUGCAAAACGAACUUAUCGCGAGUUGCGAUUGCUCAAACAUAUGGACCAUGAAAAUGUCAUAGGCUUAUUGGAUGUAUUUCAUCCCGGACAGCCUCCAAAUUCUUUGGAAAAUUUUCAACAAGUGUAUUUAGUAACACAUUUAAUGGAUGCUGAUUUAAAUAAUAUUAUUCGCACCCAAAAACUUUCUGAUGACCAUGUCCAAUUUUUGGUGUAUCAAAUUUUACGUGGCUUGAAAUAUAUUCAUAGUGCUGGUAUAAUACAUCGUGAUUUAAAGCCUUCAAAUAUUGCCGUAAAUGAAGAUUGUGAGUUGCGAAUACUUGAUUUUGGCUUAGCAAGGCCUGCAGAAAGUGAAAUGACGGGUUAUGUGGCCACCAGAUGGUAUCGAGCUCCCGAAAUAAUGCUCAAUUGGAUGCAUUAUAAUCAAACCGUAGACAUUUGGUCAGUUGGCUGUAUUAUGGCAGAGCUUCUUACCGGGCGUACCUUAUUUCCUGGUACGGAUCAUAUCCAUCAACUUAAUCUAAUUAUGGAGAUACUUGGUACACCUACAGAAGAUUUUAUGCAAAAAAUUUCCUCUGAAAGUGCUCGAAACUAUAUACGAGCAUUGCCAAAAAUGGCUCGUCGAAACUUUAGAGACGUAUUCCGUUUCGCUAAUCCAUCGGCAAUAGAUUUACUUGAAAAAAUGCUAGAGUUGGAUGCUGAAAAACGAAUUACAGCUGAACAAGCUCUAGCUCACCCAUAUAUGGAAAAGUAUCAUGAUCCUAGUGAUGAGCAAACCUCUCCAUUGUAUGAUCAAAGCUUCGAAGAUAUGGAUUUGCCAGUUGAAAAGUGGAAGGAACUUGUAUUUACAGAAGUUUUAAGCUUUAAACCACCACAAGCCUUUGCCGAAGUCCUUGAAAAAUGCAAAAGACACUUGACAUACUUACCUGUUCGGAGAUACUACCUAUGUUUUAUAUGUGUGAUCAAAUGUGCAUUAAUGGCACUUCCAUUUCUGCCAUAUGCUCGUCCCGACUUCUACAGCUAAUAUUGGGAUCUCAACUUUUUGCUAACCGAAUACCGAUAGAAGGGCCUUCAAUUCCAAGAUUCCGAAUGGCUAAUGAAACUCCGAAGACAGGGUAUCAAUGUUUAACUACUUUUUUUGAUAACUUAAUUAAUUAAAUAUAAUAAAAUUAAACAAAUAUUGUAUUUAUUAAUGUUUAUGAAUAUAUUCAUGCACAUAUUUCUCAAAAA